UGCUCUCCGUCACGGGCCGUGCCCUUUUAUCAGGUUGGCUUAUUACACUGCAGCUGCGGCAAGCGAUGGAUUUAAAAGGCGGAACACGGACGUAACUGCGUCACGUGAUUAUCCACGGCUAACGCGGAUCCGAAGCCAGUUCAGAGUUGCCGAAGAGACGCGACGGAUGUGGGCGGAGUCUCAGCCAGGACCAUCCAAAUGCAGACCAGGUUACUGCACCUACUGCAGAGUCGUCUACAACGACCUCGAUCAGGUGAUGUGUGAUCUUUUUCAUGGAGCCUGUGUUGCGCUGGGGCAAUUCAAAGACACUGAGGGUUUUAGCAGGGGGGUGGGUGGGGGGGGGGGUUACUGUUUAGUCUGUUUGUUUGUGGACCUUCAUCACCAUGAACUCACACCCACUUGCGGGCGACGAUGGCUUCAAUUUGGACCACGAGUAAACAAACCCUUCAAUGUAAUUUGUCCAAGGCCGCACAGGUUCAAUUGCUCGAAUGCUGAUUUUAAGCCGCAGAGAAUUAAUUUUAUUGUGGACUCUGCAUGAAACAUUUAAAAUCUGCUUGGAUCAUUCUGUCGAAAAUUCUGAUUCUGAAAUUCAGCACCUGGCCAGUCUCAGACACCUGGAUUGCGUCCGAGAGUCCUCCAGGGGGUCCGUCGGUUCCACUCGUUCCUUUGCUGACAGCAGCCAAGCCAAAGGAACUCUGCUGGAGCGAUUCCUGCAGGAUGUCCUGUUGCACCACCCGCACUGCUACAAUGACCCCAGACCGUCCGACGCGGACCUCCCGUCCGUCUGCGUUCCGCUUACGCCGAGGGAGGAGCUCGAUGAAGUCUGUUUCUCUGGUGACGACGACGACGACGACUUGUCGUUGGGUACGCGCGAGCGCCUGCCCAGCUCCGACGACAACGUGUCGACGAAUCAGGAAGAAGAUGCCGCUGGCCCCCGUUGUCAAUUGGAGAAGAGACUAUCGGAGGGGGCGGGUCAGGCGAGGCCUUCGACUCAAGGAAAAGAACAAGAGGAGGCAAGGACCGUGGACUCGAGGCACACAACUGUGCCUAAACAUCGGGCCCCUCUGCCCGCACGCCGGAAGGCGCACGGGAAGAUUGACAGGAGGAAAACCAGCGAGCCUCCGACGACGUCCGACACGCGGCCCUCGCCUCCCUCUGUGCCGCAGGCUUGGCACAGCUGGCGGAAGGAGCGCUGGGCGGCUUUCAAAGAGGAGGCCUUUGGUGGCACGUCGCGCGGUGACCUCGUGGACCAAACGAUUGAGGAGGUUAUCCAAACAUGUUGCCACGGCGACAGUUGGACUUCCUUUCCGCUCGAGGAGACGGGCAGCUUUCACGCCAGUCUGCCUCGCUCGCUUCAAACACAGAGUGACUGGGACUCCCCCGGACAGGUGGAUUCACGUGUCCCGCCGGUACAGACGCCCUUGAGGGAUUUCAGCCAUCUGACUGAUGUUCGGGUGGAUUUGACAGACCAGGUGUACUCCCAUCAGCUGGAAUCGGUCCUCCGCGGCGAGCGGCGACCGGUCCGACGCGGGGUAUUCAGGACGGGACCGAGAGAAGUGCCGGAGUCCUUCAAAGGGAAGACUUGGUCCCAGAUCGAAGAGGAAGAUGAGAAGAAGGUGGAUGACCUGGUCCGACAGUUCAGACGAGGUCGUUUUGUCUGCUACUUCGACAGUGAAUCCCUCGCCAGGUGCGGCACCAGAAGCAAAAACGUCAACGGACCUGAUCAGACAGCGGCGGAGUCGGACGACGUGGCUCUUCUUCCUUUACUGGACCGUGAUGAGGAAGAAGUUCCCAGAAGGCGGGACUUCAGAAUGGCCUCCAGGUGUCAGGUGGUGAAAGUGAGUCAUGCCACUCAGACUGUCCGUUUGGUCGUCCCGACCGUCUGUCAACCAGCCCUAGAGGCCACGCCCACUCGCGUCCACGCAGGCGAUCGGCCGGGAACGAAAAAGACUCCCGAGGCACAGUGGUCUCGCCUCCCGCCCUCAUACUCCCCCGUCAUCACGCCGCUGCAGCCGAGCACGUCUCUGGUCUACCUUCUCUGCUCACCGACUUUUCCCGGGAGCGCCCACACAGCCGCCGCGAGCCCCGCCUCCAAACGCAGCAGGAAAAGACAACGGCCACCCGACUUUCACAGGCAGAAGGUCAAAUACAAACAAUUGCCCCUGCGCUUUUAUGACCACCGCACCAAUCGCAUCAUCAAGAACCCGCCCAAAAGUUUCAAGGCGAGUCCAAGCCCCGCCGCCUCCAACCCCUUGCCGCCAUGUGUACGUCAGCUGUUUCGAAGUCUGAGCCCGGACCUGAACGCAGAGAGGCGGUCCGGGGAAGGCGGCUCGGAUUCUCCCAGGGGCAAAAAUCAGAAGCCGUCGAGCGCUCCCGGCACAGAUUCGGCACGGACUCGUAAACGCGAAAGCUCUCCACCGGUGUGUCGCAGUAGGUCUGAGGAGCCAAGAAUAGGUAGCGACGAAAAGCCACGCCCCCCCAAGAGGAGAGUGAGAGUUCAGACCGCACCUCCGCCACCCAGGAGAUGUGGACUCCGUCGAAAGGACUCGGCACCCCUGUCCCUUACAGAGCCAAACCUUCGGCGAGGAAGGUCUCAGAGGAGGAGGUGCUGUGUCAAGACUCCAAAGUAGCAAAGUUGUUACAACGCCAACACUUAAGGACCAUUUCAAAAUAAAA